CUCUCUCUCUCUCUUCUAAAAGGGUUCUCGUUAAACCCUUCUCUUCAAUCUUCCCCGCCGCGACGCCCACAGGGUAGAAGUUGAAUUUUCAAGAUGGUGCAGUAUAAUUUUAAGAAGAUUACGGUGGUGCCAAAUGGGAAGGACUUCGUUGACAUUAUUCUCUCUCGCACCCAACGAAAAACACCGACUGUUGUCCACAAGGGGUAUGCUAUAUCCCGCCUCCGUCAGUUUUACAUGCGCAAAGUGAAGUAUACCCAGCAGAACUUUCAUGAGAAGCUCUCUGCAAUCAUUGAUGAGUUUCCUCGACUGGAUGAUAUCCAUCCUUUUUAUGGGGACCUUCUUCAUGUUCUCUACAACAAAGAUCACUACAAGCUUGCCCUUGGCCAAAUCAAUACUGCAAGGAACCUUAUAAGUAAAAUUGCAAAAGACUAUGUGAAAUUGUUGAAGUAUGGUGACUCACUGUACCGAUGCAAGUGUCUGAAGGUUGCUGCUCUUGGCCGCAUGUGUACUGUGAUAAAGAGGAUUGCUCCUAGUUUGGCUUACUUGGAACAGAUCAGACAACACAUGGCGAGGCUACCUUCAAUUGACCCUAAUACUCGGACGAUCUUGAUUUGUGGAUACCCCAAUGUCGGCAAGAGUUCAUUCAUUAACAAGAUCACUAGGGCUGAUGUAGAUGUCCAGCCCUAUGCUUUCACCACGAAGUCACUCUUUGUUGGUCAUACAGAUUAUAAAUACCUGAGGUACCAAGUCAUUGAUACACCCGGAAUUUUGGACCGACCAUUUGAAGAUCGCAACAUUAUUGAGAUGUGCAGCAUAACAGCUCUGGCUCAUCUGCGAGCUGCUGUGUUGUUCUUCUUAGACAUCUCAGGGUCUUGUGGAUAUACCAUUGCUCAACAGGCUGCUCUCUUUCACAGUAUUAAGUCUCUAUUUAUGAACAAACCGUUGAUUAUAGUUUGCAACAAGACUGAUUUACAACCACUAGAAGGUAUAUCAGAGGAAGACAUGAAGUUGGUCAUGGAGAUGAAAUCUCAAGCUAUGAAGACUCUGAUUGGCCAAGGAGGCGAGCCUACAGAUGACCAGGGGGUUCUGUUGACCAUGAGCACUUUGACUGAGGAGGGGGUAAUUGCUGUGAAAAACACGGCUUGUGAGAGGUUAUUGGAUCAGAGGGUGGAAUUAAAGAUGAAAUCAAAAAAGAUAAAUGACUGCUUAAAUCGUUUUCAUGUUGCAAUUCCAAAGCCACGGGACCAGAAGGAAAGGCCACCUUGUAUACCUCAGGCAGUUUUAGAAGCUAAAGCUAAGCAAGCAGCAGAGAAGGAAAAGAGGACGACUGAAAGGGAUCUGGAGAAUGAGAAUGGUGGUGCAGGUGUAUACUCUGCUAGUUUGAAGAAGCAUUAUAUCUUGGGCAAUGAUGAAUGGAAAGAAGAUAUAAUGCCUGAAAUUAUGGAUGGGCACAAUGUAUAUGACUUCAUUGAUCCUGAUAUUUUACAUAGGCUUGAAGAAUUGGAACAAGAAGAUGGGCUACGGCAGGCAGAGGAGGAGGAUGAUGAUUUUGAGAUCGAUGGCAAGGAAUUGACCCCAGAAGAGCAACAAGCAUUGGCUGAGAUCCGGAAAAAGAAAAGCUUACUCAUACAACAGCAUAGGAUCAAGAAAAGCACUGCAGAGAGCCGACCUAUCGUACCAAGGAAAUUUGACAAGGACAGGCGGUUCACAACAGAUAGAAUGGGAAGGCAGCUAUCCUAUUUGGGGCUGGAUCCAAGUUUGGCCAUUAACCGAGCCCGCAGUCAGUCGAGGGGCCGGAAGAGGGCAAGAUCGCCUGACAGGGGAGCUGAUGAUGUUAUGGAUGUGGAUGUGGACACACCUAACAAGAAGCUGCGAAUUAUAUCUAGAUCCCGAUCAAGGGCGACAUCACGGCCUCCAGGUGAAGUCAUCCCUGGAGAGGGCUUCAAGGACUCUAUUCAAAAGAUUAAGGCAGUAAAACUUGCCAAGAAAUCUGCCAAGAAGAGGAACAAGGACGCUCGUCGUGGUGAGGCGGAUAGAGUAAUUCCUACUUUGAAGCCAAAGCAUUUGUUCUCAGGGAAGCGCUCUACUGGCAAAACAGACAGACGCUGAAAUACUUGAGGGAAGGUUGUUUAUGCUUUGCGGAGACGGUAUUCUGAACCUUGGGUUCCCUAAUCACAGGGAAAGUUGUUUGUUCUUUACGGAGAAGUUAUUCUGAACCUUUGGGUUACUUGCUGUUGAGAAAGAACUAUGGUCUUAAUCAAUUUUCUGGUUUGGUUGUAGUUUUUGCAGCCCGAAUGACUGGCAGCAUAGUUCUUUUUUUAAUUGGUUUAGUAGCAUGUUUUUGUUAACACAAUUUUUGAGUUUGAGAUAUGUUUUAAGUUGUAAUUUCCGUACAUGGGGUUGAGCCGGAUAUUGUACCAGAAUUUUGGUUUGUUGCUCCUAAGAUUGUAAUAUUUAAGCUCAAAAACGAAUUUGACGUUCACUGUUUAUUUAAUACUCUUUGACUCCAAAA